GUCUCUAUGGUAACGGUUAUAACUCCACAAAGAUUAGCUCGUUAGCAACGUCCUGUUGAAGCCAUACUAUUAACUCGCCAUGGAGGGGUCAGAUACAUACCUCAUACGACCUAAUCAUCAACACAAGUUUAAACCAGCCAUUGUGAAGGAGUGCAUUCGUGAAAUAGUGAGGGAGCAACUGUCUGGGCUGAAGUACGAACCAGAGGAAGUCUCGGAGCUGUCCCGUUCACUGGCAGAGUGCAUUAAGGACAAAGUGAAGAAUGCAGGAUUUGACCGAUAUAAGCUUGUCGUGCAGGUGGUCAUUGGAGAACAACGGGGGCAGGGAGUCAAGAUGUCUUCCAGGUGUUUGUGGGAUGCUGACACAGACAAUUAUGCAGAAGAUGUCUUCAUGAACGACAGCUUGUUCUGCGUGGUGGCAGUUUUUGGAAGCUAUUACUACUGAUGACCAGAGGGUGGAUGACGGAAGUCUUUCAGAUGAAAAGAUGAGAGGUGAACAUCCACAUGACACUGCUCACUGUCAGCAUUUCGGGUCCAUACAGUAGCUGUGUAUGUAACUGCUGCGUCUUGAGAUCCACACAGAUGACAUCCAGUGUACAAGUGAUGGAUAUUUGUGCUGAGAGUUACUUUAAAAUGAAGGAUUUCACCAGAAAUAUAUAUCUUAUAUAUAUAUUAUUAUAAAGGACAGAUCCAUUGCUUGGAGCACUUUCAGCUGCAAAAACACAGUAAAUGCAACACAAUGUUAUUUAGUACAUUGUGUAUUUGUACUGCACUCUGACUUGACUUGCACAGCAGCUACAGUAGAGGUCGGUCAGUAUUUGUCUUGUUUGUCAGCAUCAUAAUGGGGAUAACUACUGCAGGCCAGCUGUUGUAAUUUUACUGUAUUUGAACAGGAAAGACUUCUAAAAUUUGAACUAUUUUCUUUCUAGUGCAUCAACACCUUUAUGAUCAUUAUCAAAAUUCUGCUCACCUCUUUACACACUGCUGCCUUUCCAUUUUUCUAUGACUGAAGUCCUUGUAAAUAUUAAUCAGCUGUUAGUUCGUGUUUGACAUUGAUUUUGUUAUCUCUUAUUGUGGUCAUCGUGUUCAAUGGUAAAAACAAAUCUAAUACAGAA